CGCACGGUAAACACCCCUCGUGACGGAGCCUCGAAAACACGAACAGACUGGGCGCGAAGGAGAGAUGAGGGGAAUGGGAGAUUCUGGAAGCAGUACAGACUUGCGACGACGUGACGCUUAAAACGAUAGGCUAUUGUGUGCAAGACUGGAAUGCUUUAGCAAAAAGCCCCUCUUGCCUCUCGGUUCCGUGGAGGAAGUGUCAGAGAUGCCAGCGGAAGAUGCUGAGCUUCUGGCAAAAGAGAGUGGGAAAUAAUGAGUGCAGGGAUGAUGAGGCUGACAAUACAAAUAUAUGGCUGCACGUAAAGAACUAGCUUUCCCUGAGAGUGCAUGAACAACAUUCAAUCUGAUGUUGUUCAUGCAACAUCAGAUAUCAACCGGAGAACCGACGCUGCUAUGGUGAUCGAGAUAUGACAGAGGGAACAGCGGCGAGAUGAAGGCGGCGGUGAGACCCAAGCGCAUGCGGCUUUUCUGGCGGCUCUGUGUCUGUGGUGUCGGGAUCAUCACUGCCACCUGGCUCGUGCACCUCCUAGACGUAACAGGCGCUUUUCCCCCAGGGUUUAUUCAUACCAAUGGGAGUCCCGUUAUUCAUUUAAUUCAUACAUAAAAUACUAGUGGUUUAGUCAAUCAUCACACCUGUUUAAUUAUUAAAUGACCUUGCAAUAAUAUUAUGAAAACAAUGUGAUUUCUUGUUGUAAGCUGAUAAUAUUUAAUAAUUUUUCCUUUUAGGAAAUAAUUUAUGCUGCUCUAUGCUGACAGACUCCCAUCCCCAGGGAUGUUGUUGGUGACUUCCCCUGGUCUAAGAGAGAACUAAUGCAGGAGAGAGAAGAGGAGAACCGCACUUUCUACACUUCUACAAUGCCCAGAGCUGCAAUCCACAAGUUUCCAGCAGAUGUCUUCUCUCCAGAGCAGAGGGGAAAAGGAGCAGUUCUUCUCCAUGUAGUCUGUGCAGUCUACAUGUUCUAUGCCCUGGCUAUAGUCUGUGAUGUCUAUUUCGUUCCAUCACUGGAGAAGAUAUCAGAGAAUCUUCAACUUAGUGAGUAUGUUGCCGGGGCAACGUUCAUGGCAGCUGGAAGCUCCGCUCCUGAGCUCUUCACCUCCUUAAUUGGUGUCUUCAUCACUUUCUUCCUUUGGACGCCUCUC